CCUGUGAUUGGUCCAUUUUGUGUGGGAAGGUCAUGUGACCAAACACGGGAAGGUUUUAUCCCGGCUGAGUCCAACCUGAGCUGCAGUUUGUAUGUAUGAUCAGCAGGGGGCAGAAUCUCAUCUCAGUUUUCUGGAGUACAGUUCUAACAACAUUCCCACACCACACUGAAGGUCUCAGAUCCACCUGGUUCUGAGUGAUCCAGACCAUCCAGGACCCAGUUAGGCUGAGUCCACAUUCUGUCCAGUAUAACCAGUUUCCACAGGCUCCUACUGCGUUACUGCUGGUCUCAGGUCUGUGUGUCAGUACUGAUGUGGACUGAACCUGUCGGUUCUGAUUCAGCACAUUCUGGAUCCCGGAACGGACUGGCCAUCAGGAGACGCGGGUGAAUACCCGCUGCUGAUUGGUCCAGAGGGAGAGGAAACGCAGUCAGGUUCUGAUUCAUAAUGAAGACUCACCUGAGGGAGAUGAUGAUGAAGAGUCCACGCGGUCACAGAACAACAUCAGUUUCUUAUUCGAGCGAGAGGAACGUGCGUGACGCCAUCACAUCCGCUCAUGUAAAACGUCUUCUGUCAUCAGAGUCUGGGGGCGGGGCCUGUCCGGAUGAAGCCCCUCUGUGAUUGGUGCUGUGACGUCAGACGGUGUUGCGAGGGGAGGUUUACCGCAGUGACACCGACCUGUCUCUCUGUCUGUCUGUCUCUCUCUCUCCGCCUCAUCCCGCCGAUACUCAUCGACCCGCCGGAUCGAUAAACCGACGCUGAUCGAUUUUGAAGUGAUCACUGAGGCAGCAGCAGCGCGGGAGGCUCGUUCCGUCACAGCGGGAACAUCGCGCGCGUUUGAGCCACAGACCGACCUCCAUCUUCAUCUUCUUCAUCCUCCUCCUCAUCAUCAUGUCCGGCACCAAAGAGGAGGACCGCAAAGGCUCGAGCGAGUGGCGGGAAUUCUUCUGGAACCCGCGAACUCACGAGCUCAUGGGUCGAACCGCGACGAGCUGGGGCCUCAUCCUGCUCUUCUACCUGGUCUUCUACCUGUUUCUGGCCGGGAUGUUUGUUCUCACCAUGUACAUCAUGCUGCUGACGCUCGAUGACUACAAACCCACCUGGCAGGACCGCCUGGCCACUCCAGGGAUGAUGAUUCGUCCAAAGGGCGAUCAGCUGGAGAUCAGUUUCUCCGUGUCGGACACUGAGAGCUGGGACGGCUUCGUCCACAGCCUCAACAACUUCCUGUCUCCAUACAACGACAGCUAUCAGGUUCAGACCAAUGACAACUGCCCUCCAGAUCAAUACUUCAUUCAAGAGGACAGCGGAGAGGUCAGGAACAAUCCCAAACGCUCCUGUCAGUUCAAUCGGACGAUGCUGGAGGACUGUUCUGGACUGUCGGAUCGUUUCUAUGGUUACAGCAGAGGUCAGCCCUGCAUCCUCAUCAAACUGAACCGGGUGAUCAGUUUGUUGCCAGGGAAGGACAGUCAGUCUCCGUAUGUCAUCUGUGGAGCCAAGAGGGAGGAUGGUGAUAAGAUGGGACCUCUGGCGUAUUAUCCUCCUAAUGGAACCUUCAACCUCAUGUACUACCCGUAUUACGGCAAGAAGGCCCAGGUGAACUACACUCAGCCGCUGGUGGCCGUGAAGUUCCUGAACGCCUCUCUGAACACAGACAUCAACGUGGAGUGCAAAAUCAACUCCAACACUUUGGCCGACGGCAGCGAGAGGGACAAGUUCGCCGGACGGGUUUCCUUUAAGCUACGAAUCAACGACAAAUAGACACACACACAUACACACAGGCUCACAUGCAGACUCACACACACUGACUCACACACACACACACCUGUUGAAGCUGCACUCAUCCAGAUGUUUUAAUGAAACUGAGUUUCGUCAGUUUAUAUAUAAAAUAAUUUCUUUUCCAGGUUCAUGAUGCGUUCACUGACUGACUGAAUUUUGUAUGUCUCCUUUAUUGUCCCCAGUUGUCAUGUAAACACGUGUUUUGUCUCGUAUUUCCUCUGAUGUGAACUCAUAAACUCUGAGCCUGAAACCGACCAAUCACCACGCGCUCACACUCUGAUGUCACUGCUGCUGAGGAUGGACUGAAGGACGACAGGAGGGUCUUCACCUCCAUCAUCACAUCGGUCUGAAACAAAGACCAGAUUCAAGAUCACACAGAUAAUGUGUUUACACUUUGUUUACUCAUGGAUUUGUUUAUUUAUUACUUGUUUAUUUAUUCAGUUUAUUGAUGAUUGUUUUUAUGACACGAGGAAAACAUUCAGACUCAAGUUCAUGACUGAAACAGAAAAAGCAGAACAGGAACCAGAUAUUGGAUCUUAAACCGGUUCAGAAAACAGAACCGAGAUCAUAUCAUGAAGAGCUCAGAGACCGGUAACACAUGAUGAACCAGACCACAGUCCAAGUCCUGGAGCCAGAUUAACAAAAUACACUCAAACCAGUUCAGAAACAGAACAGAAAAGAUCUAAAAUCCUUUAGAAUCAGGACCAGUUUACCAGCGUUUCCACCAAUCAGUCCAGCACCACAGAAGGGUCAGCUCACCGUCCACUGGAUCAGCACCACCAGCUGUUCCACAGUCCAACAAGAGAACCAGAAAGCAGAGAACCAGCAGAACGUUUGCCUCAAACCGCUCAGCACUUUGAGAGAAACGUUAAAGUAACGUUGAGGUCAUCCUGGUUUCAGCUGGACGGGGUUACCAGAGAACAACAGGGUCAGCCAGUCAGAGACAGAGUCGGGCAGUGGGACCCGUAAUAAGGCAGGUCCUGGACCAAAGGUGUCUGGUGGAAACAGCUUUUGGUAAACCAGUCCAGAAGUCAGUAUGAAAACAAUCAGCUGAGAUCAGACCAGAAACCAGUUCAGGAACUGGUUUGCUCCCCGGCCACAUUAAACCUCAGCCUCCUCGUUAGCUGCUAGCUGUAGUAACCAUGGCAACAGUAUUGGUGUUUGAUGUCAUAUCUCUUGUCUUUUUGUCAGGUUUGUUAUGUAGAUAUUUACGAGUGGAUUUAGUUCAGGUUGAGUUGGGACGUCGUUAGUUGUUCUGUUUUGUUGUUUACGUGUUUGUUUUUGUUUACUGUGGUCAUCAUGGGGCCAUGAGAGACACACACACACACACACCCACACACACACCAGUCUCCUCACCUGUCGGUCACUCUUGGACCCGCCCCCUCCUACCUGUACUGCUCAUCACCAAUAGUCUUCCUUUAAAGAGUGACCAGCCAAUCAGAUGCCCCUGCUGUGUGAUGUUAUAUGAUACUUGUUUGUGAUUGGUUGAUCUCUCCUGCCUGGAAACAUCCCUGUGUUUAAGACAACUGAAUAAACAAAGAAAUUUUAAAACUACAAAACACAACCUGUCUGUGGUAAAUGUACAAGCUUCAUGUUUAAACACUUUAUGCUGCAGUACUG